GAGCUGGGGGAGGACGGUGGCUCGCGAGGCUCGUCGCAGACAACACGGCGGCGAUGUCCGCGAGCCAGGCGAGUGCUGCGGCGGCAGCGGCCGGGCCUCGCGCGCUACAGGACGGCCUGGGCUUCGGCCUCCCUCCGGUUCCCUGGAAGCGGGCCGGCGGCCAGCGUGGGAGCAGCAGAAGCAGAGGCGGAGGCUCCAGCGCGUCUCUCUGCCCCUCCGCCUGAGCCCGGGGAGGCCAGGCGGCCGGGCGGCUGGAGGGGGUCCGCUGCCCGAGAAUGGGAAUUCUCUUCACCAGGAUAUGGAGACUGUUCAAUCACCAGGAGCACAAAGUUAUAAUUGUUGGGCUGGAUAAUGCUGGGAAAACUACCAUCCUUUACCAAUUUUCUAUGAAUGAAGUUGUACACACAUCCCCUACAAUAGGAAGUAAUGUAGAAGAGAUAGUGGUUAAUAAUACACGUUUCCUAAUGUGGGAUAUUGGUGGCCAAGAAUCUCUUCGUUCUUCCUGGAACACUUACUAUACUAACACAGAGUUUGUAAUAGUUGUUGUGGACAGUACAGACAGAGAGAGGAUUUCUGUAACUAGAGAAGAACUCUAUAAAAUGUUAGCCCAUGAGGACUUAAGGAAAGCUGGAUUGCUGAUUUUUGCUAAUAAGCAAGAUGUUAAAGAAUGCAUGACUGUAGCAGAAGUCUCUCAGUUUUUGAAGCUGACUUCUAUCAAAGAUCACCAGUGGCAUAUCCAGGCCUGCUGUGCUCUUACUGGAGAGGGAUUAUGUCAAGGACUUGAAUGGAUGAUGUCCCGACUUAAGAUUAGAUGAUCUCUACUGACCUCGUCUUACAGACUUUGUGUAAACAGUGUGCUGGACUUUACCUGAAAGCUGCAAAAUAUAAUGGUUUAGAUAUAUUUAUAAUAAACUGAUUUAAACAUUUUCUAUAAGAAGAAAAAUUCAGACCACUUGUUUGAAAACAAAGAUGAAGUCUCACUUUCCAAUUUACUUUCUCAUUAUUCCUUCCAAAGUAAGUUAUGAAAGCUGUGAUUGACAUUUUUCUCAUAAUGAGUGCUCUCAGGACAUUGUGUAGCCUGUGGUAAGUACAAAGGGAGAGGAAUGCAUUUUGAACUUCUAAGAGCUUUAGUAUCAGUAUAACCUCCCUUGUUGAAUGUUAUCAUUUUCUUGUUCCAUUUAGUCAAACUACAAAUCACAGAUUCUAGGUUUCCAAUAUUUUAAAAUGUAACAUUACUUAUGAAAAGUAUUUUGUGUAUGUAUUAUAUAUAUACCUCAAGUCAAGUUAAUGGCUUUGGUUUAUGUGCUAAAGAAAAGCAAGUAACACAAAAAUUAAUAAUAUUCUUGGUUAUAACCAUAAUGAGAUGAGCACUGACAUUGGUGGUAAGUGCCAUUUUGUAUGUUUCCUCUUUGUUCUCUGUAUUGUACUAACCAGCCCCCAAAUCAUGGAGCUACUCUUAAAAAAAAAAAAAAAAAAAAAGGAAAA